ACAGCCUUCGAGAGAAUCGCAAGAAAACAAGUAAAUUUGCUGCAAAUUCAAGUGAAGAUACUUCACUUGAUAGCAAAGUCUGCAAGGAAUGUGGCAAAUGUUUUCCAUCUUGGAAAGCCUUGUUUGGUCACAUGAAGUGCCACUCUGAUAAAGUAUUAUCAAAUAACAGUGCCAGUGUGGAGGACGAUUCUUGGAACAGUGCUGCUGCUAAUCAAAAGCUGGUCAUGGAUAGCCAAUCUGAUAAUGAAGCAGCAGCUCCAAUUCGAAAGCAGAGAUCAAGAACAAUCAAAAGGUACAAAGCUACUAAAAAUAUUAAUACUGCUCCUUUAACAAUUGCACAACCUUCACCCUGCGUAACUGAGAAUCAUGAGCAAGAACAACAAGAAGAGGUUGCUAUGAGUUUGAUAAUGCUUUCGAGGGAUGCGAGUAACUGGGGUGGUCUGAAAUCAGUUGGUGGGGGUGAGUCCUCUGAUUAUAAUUCUGAGUUUUUAGAAGCUCGAUCAUCAAAUCAAAAUAAGCAAGAUUGUAAAACUGAGAGCAAGAUUUUAAAGUCCUCUAAUCUUGACUCUAAGAUGAAGUCCAAGAUGAAGCAACCAGAACCAAGUAAAGCUUCUGGAAUGUCGAGAAAAGAGUUCAGAGUGAAGAGUUCAGAAGUUUCAACUGAUGCUUUUCUUGGAGAUGUCUUUAUUAAAAAGAAUAAAGUGGAGGAGGGUGCUGAACUCCAGCAGUCUAAAGUUGAAUUGCCAAAGAAUCAGUCUGAAUCAGAAUCCAAGAAGCAGAAUUUGAGCAAAAGAAGGUGCAUCGCUUUGCAUGAUGAUCCAGAAUUGAGUGCAGAUUACUCAAUAACGAAACUGGCUUGUGGUGUUUCUGAUUCUGAGUUGCUGUAUCUGGGUUCUGAUAGGAAAAGCAAAUUUGAGUGUACUACUUGUAACAAGGCCUUCCAUUCCUAUCAGGCUUUAGGGGGUCACAGGGCUAGCCACAAGAGGAUGAAAGGCUGUUUGGGUUCGAAAAUUGAUAGCAGUGAAAACAGCACUGAAACUGAAAUCUCCCCAAAUCAAACUGCUGACAGCAAACUGAGGAUCAAAGGCUACAGCAAUGACAUUGAUACCACCACCGAUGGUUCCAAAGAAAAGGUCGAAAUGACAGAUUAUGGGUCCAAGGAGAUCAAGACUGUUAAUACAGAUUAUGGAUUUAAGAAAGACAAAAGCCAUGAAUGCCCAAUAUGCUUCAAACUUUUCCCAUCAGGUCAAGCCUUAGGUGGUCACAAGAGGGCACACUUGGCUGCUGAGGCCAAAAGCAAUCAAGGAAUUGUAAUUCAGAAGCAAAUUCCUGAAAUCAGAGACUUCCUGGAUCUCAACUUGCCUGCUCCUGCUGAAGAAGAGAGCAGUGACCAAGUCUACUUCAGCCCUUGGUGGAUUGCAAGCAACCACAAGCCUGAGCCACUGGUGGGGAUGCUCUAACUGAUCAUCCUGCUUUCUAGCCUUAAUUCAAGUGUACAGAUUCAUUAAUUCAUUUCAUAAUUGAAAUGUCCACAGCAGUAUCUACUAUUCCAUUGGGCUAAUUUAUUAGCCACUUAGUAGCCCCUAUUCCAUCUCACUAGUCAGUUAAUCACAACCCUUGAUUUUCUGCUCAUUAUUUACAUGAUUCUUUACUUGUUUGGCAGAAAAAUAACCUUUUUGUUUCCUUGGCUUCUGAAACAUGUA